AUGUCGGCCUGUCAAGCGUUGGCUCCUGAGGCCGGGGUGAUCCUGCCCAAGAACAAGAUCGAUGAUAACCUUCUGAACAUCCUGGUUAACGACCCAGCGGGGGCGUCAGUCAUCGAGGUGACCGAGGAGAAAAGCGAUGAUGCUACGGCGCAACAAGGAGAAAUCCUCUCUGGAUUCCCACGUCGCUACGCCACAGUUGAAGAAGUUGAUGAAGCAAUAGGCAAAAAUCGUAGCCGGGCGUACUUCGCAAAGUCGGCGAUAAGCGGAGACUGGCGCGCUGUGUGCAAUGUCGCCCUGGCCGGAAUGCUCUUGGAACUGGUGUUCACGCUUCUCGUCAAGAGGCUCAACAUCAUAGCUUUCGUAACCAGAGGACUGAUCGUAACAGUGAAGCUGCUGUAA